AUGAAAAGUCACCCGCAUAAUAUAGAAGAUGAAAACAUACAAGAGGAGAUACAUACAUAUCAGGAUCAAGCACUAGAUGACGGAGAUGAUCCGCUUUCCAACUUGCAUUUUCAACAUUCACAUCUCGACUUCCAUCAAUUUUUUGAUUCCGGUGUAGCUCCACUUUCAGAGGAUAGAAUCGACAGCAUCAGCGAAAGUGAUUUCAAUUUUGAUAUGACGCCAGCAAGCAAAAGGACGAAAAUAUCGCCAAAUAGUGAAUUUUCUCCCCCUACCCUUAACCAGCGCCCUUCAUCCUUCUCACGACUGACUCACUUUAAAGCACUCCCUAACGCAUUGACUAAACCACUAACCAUUCAUACCACAUCGAAGGAAGAAUUCAAAAGAGCUGUGACGCUCACUGAGAAGCACUUGGAAGCCAUGCAUAAUGUAGAACUUCAUGUUAUUUUGCAGUAUAACUAUUCGCCGGACAGGCAGUCCUCAUUUUUAAUCUCAUCGUCCAUAUUGUCUCUAGUUGCAAAUAUCCUAAGAGCCACAGGGGUCAAAUACUUCAAAAAUCUGACUAUCAGCACCAUGGAAAUUGAAUUGAUUCGAAAUCAGCUACAUAAGAUAUCCUUGAAAUACUAUGACCAGUCAAUUUCUUUGCUAAAAAAUACCAUUUUAGACCCACAUUUUGAAAUCCCCAUAGCCAUCAUUAGCUCGUCACUUCUUACAAAGGUUUCAAUGUUUGAGUCUGAAGAUUUUUCUCUUCCAAAUACUUUCUCGCUUGGGAUGGUUAGCAUAUUCCAAGAUUUGUAUAAUAGAGAAGAUAUAGGACGAUUGUCCAAUGAAUUGUCGUGGACCUUGGAUUUCUUGGAUUUUGCUGCUAAGGCUUCAAAUUUUCCAACCUAUAAUCCACAAUAUUUGAAAGAGUAUAUUAGAAAGUGUGAAAGCUUGGGUGUAGCUUUACAAGAAUAUUUCUCAAUCUUCCCUGAUGAUCCUAAGAAGCGAAUAUUGACAUACAACUUUAAUAAUUUGCUAAACUACGUGAAGAUGAUAGAUGAGGUAAUAUUUAAGGAUCAAGAUGGUAGAACAGGCAACCUCCCAAUCGACAAAUUAUAUGAAAUAUUGAGAAGGUGGUACAUAAAUAUCCCUCCAAUAGCUCAGAUUGUUGGGAGUUUAAAACAUCCAAUAGAGAAACUCAUUGGUUAUUACUAUUUGGCCUUUUCGAGGUCAUUAGAGAAUUUAUUCCCGCAGGUACGGUCUACAUUUAUACUCUCAUUCAAUGGAGGAAUUCCUUUAUUUUUUGAAUUCUUUUAUAAACAUAUAACGAAAUUCGAGGAAUUUUAUGCAUCCCAAUUACCGGAUUCUUUACUCUUUAAAUUGGAAGAAUUAUUUUCAUAUGCAUUAAGGAUUGGCACUUUUUUCAGGAAGCGUUUCAAUAUUCUUGCAAUAAUGUUUGGAGAUCAACGGCUGGACCCAGAAAUCCGUGCGGAAGUAAUUCGGAAAGCAAUUAACGAGGUUAUGGUCUCAGAGUUUGACAGGACUAUACUCAAAUGCAUAAAUUUCCCUCAUAUACCAUCAUCACUUCACAUUUCUAUUCCUAAAAGCGAAGAGAAGAAGAUAACACCUGAAAUAUACUAUUAUAACAAAAAUCAUUACGAUUGGUUGAUAUUUGAAAAAGAUAUACUGAAUAGCUCACCCGUAUUGAGAAACCCUCCUGGGCUUACAGGUAAGGACAGUAAUAAAAGGAAAGGUAGUAUGCUAAACCCUGCAUCUACAGAUCCUUUGCUCAAUUUCCAUCUCAAAAAUACGUUGUCGUUGGAUAUUCCAUCCUUGGAAGCAAAUGAAGGUAGGUGGCCGCCGAAACUAGACAUCUUGCAACAAAACAAUAAUGUCGAUUAUCUGGUUUGGUUCGAAUGGAACACGCGUAAAUCAAUUUUGAAACAUCUUGAACUGGAAUAUAGAGAUCUAUUCCAAAAUUUUAAUAACCCUCCACUUCCACAUUCUUUUCGUACAUUGUCCCCAGAAUCAUGGUUUUACCCGGAAGAUUGUAAUCCCACACGAUUAGUCGAAGCAGAUCGGAUUAGGAUUUAUAAGCGUCGAGUAAUCAAAAACAAGAUUUCUCUAAAGGUUAAGAUCCAAACGAUAUUGGAUAAUGAGAGCAGAAGGAAGGGAUUAAUCGUUUCAGCGAAAGAGGUCAAACCAACUAAUGGUGAUAUUUUUUACAAUGAUUUAGAUGAAGCAUUAUACAACUAA